ACUGUCAAUGCAAGCCUGACAGUCUAGAAACCUCAAAUGUACUCACGUGUGCUAUGUUAUUUUCACCAAGAACUCAUUUUUUAAAAAUAACAAUCUAAAGAAUUCUCUUACUUGAAUAAACUAAACUUCCAAAAUGAACGUCACCGAUCCUAAUAACAUUAAGAUUUACAAUCUUUCUUCUGGAAAAUCCCUUCCUGAGUGGCUGUCGGAUAGAAAAAAGAGAGCUCUUGUCAAAAAAGAUGUCGAUAUUAGGAAAAGAAUUGAGCUCUUGCAGGAUUUCACCAUGCCUGAUCUCAGCAACACAGUCAAGGUGUCAAAAGACGGCCAGUACAUCAUUGCUACGGGUAUUUACAAACCUAGAGUACGGUGUUUUGAAGUGCACAAUCUAUCUAUGAAAUUUGAACGCUGCAUGGAUGCUGAAAUUGUCACAUUCGAGAUCCUCUCUGACGACUAUACCAAAAUGGUAUUUUUACAAACAGAUAGAUUCAUCGAGUUACAUGCAGCUGGCGGGACAUACUAUAGGCUAAGGAUACCAAAAUUCGGUAGGGACAUGAAAUACCAUUAUCCAUCAUGUGAUUUAUAUGUGACAGCCGCUGGGCCAGACAUAUAUCGGCUGAACCUGGAAAGAGGCCAGUUUCUUAAUUCUCUCACGACUGAGGCCAGCGAAGUCAAUCGAAUCGUUAUCAAUCCGGUCCAUCAGCUAGUGACUGUUGGGACUCGCGAUGGAAAAAUCGAAGCGUGGGAUCCACGGCAGAGGAAAAGAUGUGGCGUGUUAGAUGUAGCUUUCAGUUGCGUUACAGAUGACACACAGGUCGAUGGUUUUCCAUCAGUAACAAGCCUUGAAUACACUGGCCCCGUCACCUUAGGAGUGGGAACCGCCACAGGCCAGAUACUAAUUUACGAUAUAAGAUCCGAUAAACCUUGUCUCGUUAAAGACCACAUGUAUGGCUAUGCCAUUAGAGAUUUAGCAUUUCAUGAUAACUAUGUCCUUUCUUUGGAUUCAGCCGUUCUGAAAAUAUGGGACAAAUCUUCUGGGAAAAUAUUUACUUCGAUUGAAUCUGGCCAGGAGACACUUUUUAACAACUUAUGCCAUGUUCCAAAUUCAGGGCUUAUUUUCAUGGCAAAUGAAAGUCCCAAGAUACAAUCAUACUACAUACCUCAAUUAGGACCGGCGCCAAAGUGGUGUUCAUUUUUAGACAACCUGACUGAAGAACUUGAGGAAAGCAAGGUUGACAGUGUUUAUGAUGAUUUCAAAUUUGUGACAAAGAAAGAACUCGAAGAAUUACAGCUCACACAUUUAAUCGGAUCGCCUAUGCUACGAGCUUAUAUGCACGGUUAUUUUAUGAAUAUAAGAUUGUACAACAAAGCCAAAGCACUCGUGCAGCCAUUCUCAUAUGAAGAAUAUAAGAAGAAGAGGAUAAGAGAGAAAAUAGAAAAAGAUCGAGGAACAAGAAUACAAAUUCAGAAUUUGCCUAAAGUCAAUAGAGAUUUGGCACUUAAGCUGAUGGACCAGAAGAGGGAAGAUACGAGGAGGAAGGCCAAGAAUACACCAAAUAUUUUGAAUGACGACAGGUUCAAGGCGAUGUUUGAAAACCCAGAUUUCCAAAUUGACACGAACACUGAGGAAUACAGGCUCAUAAACCCAGUUGUCUCGCGUCUCGACAUAACUAGGAGAAAGGAGCUUAAAAAGGAACUUCUAAAACAACAAUUUGACCCAGUUGACGAAGAACCUGAAGGAAAGCCGAGCGAUGACGAUGAAAUUUGGAGUUCCGACGAUGAGAAGGAAUGGGUUCAGGAGGUGAAAAAACAGCACAAGGCGAUCGCAAAAGAAAAGAAAGAAGCUGAACUGAACGAAGAAAAACAGCAGGAUGAAUUGAACAAGAAAGGAAGGUCGAUCAAGCUUUACCAGCUCAAAGAAGGCAGUAGUUUCAAAAGAAACAUUAGAGACUUUAUAUCUGAAGAUAGCAAAUUGGCUCUUGGUGAAAGGAUCAAAGAAGAAGAAAGAGGAAACAUCAAAGUGUUAUCAUCAGGAAAUAGAGAAAUGACUUUCCGGGUUGACAAGAAAAAGAAAAAAGGCAUGACCGACCCUGAGACAAUGAGAAAACACAGAGAAGAGAGGAAACAACUUAUUAGGAGGGCGCCAAACACGUUCCGAAUGUCGUUUAAGAAAUUUGGAAAAAAGAGAUAGAUUAUUUUGUUAUGUUUUACUGUACAAAGUGAUAAAAUAUUGUAUAUAUAU